AUCGGAUAGACGUAAAAUACACAUUAUCAAAAAUGAAACUGAUCGUGCUCGUUGUUGCCGCCCUCGUGGCCGUCGCCCUCGCCGCCCCCGCGGAGCCGGAGCCUCCCAAAAUCCUCCGCUCGGACUUCGAGGCCCAGCCUAAUGGCGGAUAUGCUUACGCUUACGAAACCGAAGAUGGCAUCAAGAAGGACGAGAAUGGCGAGCUUAAGACCGUGAACGAUGAGGAGAACAAACCAGAAGUUGUAGUAGUCCGCGGUUCUUACAGCUACACCGACUCAGAAGGCAAAUCCCACUCCGUCACCUACUACGCUGACGAGACCGGCUUCCACGCUGAAAGCGAAGACAUCCCCAAGGCUGCCUAAACUUUUAAGUCCCAACGGUCGAAACUGAGGGCCUACCCGGAACAACUUUAAACGUGCUGUCCAUGUCAUACUUUAUACGAAUUUUCAAGUGUGGCAACACAUCUAAAGUGGUUCGCGGUAAGCCCUACUGACCACCAGUCAAAAUGUGCCACGAUCUUACCUAAGUUAAGUCAACUUUAUCGGGACGCGAGCGCGGCAUCCGUUACGCAUUUCCCUAGUUAUUGUUUGUUAGUUUGAUGCUCACUGCCAUAUUUUUUUUACGUUUAUACUGUUUUUGUUAACUUGUAGUAGUUGACUGUAAAUAAAUAUUGAAAUGAA